AUGAAUCAGUGGUAUAAUGAGAGGAUGCAGGAAAGGAAUCAGACCCAGCAACCUCCUCCUCCUACAGUACUACCAGUAGUAUCCUCGGUUGCUCCUCCACCUCCUCCUCCGGCAAUUGAAUCAAGUAAGAGAAUUCUGGUAGAAAAACUCAAAAAAUUUGGGGCUGAAGAAUUUCGGGGCAGGUCAGAUAAUGAUCCAGUAAAAGCUGAGUAUUGGUUGCAUAGCACGAUAAGAGUUUUUAAAGAAAUGGCUUGUUCUCCAGAUGACUAUUUAAGGUGUGCUGUUUCCUUGUUAAAAGAAGAAGCAUAUCACUGGUGGGAGACAAUAAAAGCUAUGGGAAAUCGGACAGUAGCUGAAUAUGAGAGGGAAUUUGUAUACCUUAGCAGAUAUGCUCAAGAGAUUGUUCCUACAGAAGAAGACAUGUAUGUUCGAUUUGAAGAAGGUCUGAAUGAUGAAAUCAAAAUGAUGAUAGGCAGUACGGAAAUUCGAGAAUUUGUGGUUUUAUCCGAUCGAGCUCAAAAAAUGGAAAAAGUGUACAACAGAAAGAUACAACGAGAAAGAAAAAAUAAAGAAUCUGAUAAAAGAAGCUCCUUCAAAACAUUUUCAGCAUUUCCGAUUAAAAAGUUUAAGGAGGAUUCCAUUAGAGCUAUAUCGGUACCUGAACGAUCGAAGACUAGAGUAACUCAAUCUGAUCGUGGAAUAUCAAUCAGAUCAAUUGCUAGUGAAGCCAGUGUACAAAAUACUCCCAGGUCUAAAUGUCAACACUGCGGAAAAUACCACUUGGGUGAAUGCAGAGGUAAAACAGGAGCUUGCUACAAAUGUGGAGCCACUGAUCAUUUUAUCCGGAAUUGUCCUCUGUUGCAAAAACAUGAAGAAGAACAGAAGGAGAAACAGAUGACUACUUCUCAGAGAAGUAAACGUGCGAGUCAAAGCAGUGCUGCAAGAGCUACUCGCUCGAGUGCAAAAGAUUCUGUUGCUCGGUCAGAGGUUAGACCACCAGCACGUACAUACGCACUCAGAGCUAAAGAAGAAGCCACGGCUCCAGACGUUAUUGCUUGUACUUUCUAUCUCUUUGAUGUUAUUGUAUAUGCAUUAAUUGACCCAAGGUCUACACAUUCUUAUAUUUGCACAGUAUUAGCAUUAGAAAAGAAAUUGUCUGUUGAACCAACUGAAUAUGAUAUUCAAGUUACUAAUCCGUUAGGACAAAAGUUGAUAAUCAGUUUGAAAUGUCGGACAGGUGAUAUACUUUCUAUUGAGCCUGAGAAUUCAAAUGAUGUUAAAAUUAUUUCAGCUUUUUCGGCUCAGAGGUUAAUGCGGAAGGGUAAUGAAAUUGAUGAUAUAUUGAUCUAUUCAAAGACAGAACCUGAGCAUGCUCAACAUUUAAGGAUAGUGUUACAAACUUUGCGAGAAAAACAAUUAUAUGCAAAAUUCAGCAAAUGUGAGUUUUGGCUUCAUGAGGUGGGAUUUCUGGGUCACAUUGUUUCAGCCGAAGGGAUUCGAGUAGAUCCGAAUAAAGUAUCUACAGUGGUAAAUUGGAAAACUCCAAGGAAUGUAACGGAAAUACGAAUUUUUCUGGGUUUAGCUGGAUAUUAUCGCCGUUUUAUUAAAAAAUUUUCAAUGAUUGCUUCGCCUAUGACACGAUUGCUACAGAAGAAUAUUGAGUUUGUGUGGUCUGACGAAUGCCAGCAAAGUUUUGAUCAGUUGAAGAAUAUGUUAACAAAAGCUCCAGUGUUGACUCAACCAGAAUCAGGUGUGCCAUAUAUUGUAUACAGUGAUGCAUCUUUAAAUGGUUUAGGUUAUGUGCUGAUGCGGUUGGGAAAAGUGGUGGCCUAUGCUUUUCGGCAGCUAAAAUCACACGAGAAGAAUUAUCCUACGCAUGAUUUGAAGUUGACUGCAAUUGUUUUUGCUUUGAAAAUUUGGAGACAUUAUUUAUAUGGUGAAAAAUAUUAUGUGUAUACAGAUCAUAAAAGUUUGAAUUAUUUGAUGACGCAGAAAGAGUUGAAUUUGAGACAGAGAAGAUGACUUGAGUUAUUAAAAGAUUAUGACCUUGUUAUCGAUUAUCAUCCGGGAAAGGCUAAUAUAGUUGCUGACGCACUCAGUCGGAAAUCAUCUUUGUUUACACUCCGGUCAAUGAAUACUCAUUUGUCUGUUAGUGAAGAUGGAUCUGUAAUAGCGGAAUUGAAAGCCAAACCUGUGUUUCUCCAACGAAUUCGAGAGUUGCAAGAUGAAGAUUCAAAGUUGGUAUUAAAGAAACAAAUAGCUCGAGACAAGCAGGAUUCAGAGUAUAACAUUGAUGAGAAUGGUAUAUUAUACUAUCGUAAAAGAAUUUGCGUUCCAAUAACAGACUUGAAAAAUGAUAUUCUUUCUGAAGCUCACAGUAGUAGGUAUUCUAUUCACCCUGGAAGUACAAAAAUGUAUUGUGAUUUGAAACAGAUGUAUUGGUGGCCUGGUAUGAAAAGGGAAAUUUGUGAGUUUGUAGCAAAGUGUUUAAUAUGUCAACAGGUGAAAGCAGAACAUCAGGUACCAAUGGGUUUAUUACUACCUAUUAUGAUUCCAGAGUGGAAGUGGGAACAUGUUACGAUGGAUUUUGUAUCCGGGUUACCUGUGACCCUGAAGAAGAAAGAUUCAAUCUGGGUAAUUGUCGAUAGAUUGACAAAAUCAGCACAUUUUAUUCCAGUCAGAACAGAUUUUCCACUGGAGAAGUUAGCAGAAUUGUAUAUCUCUGAGAUUGUGAGGUUACAUGGGGUUCCAACAUCCAUUAUUUCAAAUCGAGAUCCAAGGUUUACAUCGAGGUUUUGGAGCAAACUACAGGAAGCUUUAGGCACAAAGCUAAAUUUUAGUACCGCUUUUCAUCCUCAGACUGAUGGGCAAUCAGAGCAGGUAAUUCAGAUUUCGGAAGACAUGUUGAGAUGUUGUAUACUUGAGUUUGGUGGCAGUUGGGAAAAGUAUUUACCACUGGCUUCAUUUGCUUACAACAAUAGUUAUCAAUCCAGUAUAAAGAUGGCGCCAUUUGAAGCUUUAUAUGGAAGAAAAUGUAAGACUCCAUUGUAUUGGUUAGAAUUGAGUGAAUCCAAGUUAGUGGGGGUCGAUUUAAUUCGGGAAACUGAAGAAAAUGUUCGGAUUAUCCGAGAUUGUCUGAAAGCUACUUCGGAUCGUCCGAAAUCAUAUGCUGACUUGAAAAGAAGAGAAAUAGAGUUUAAUGUGGGUGAUCAAGUGUUCUUAAAGGUGUCGCCGUGGAAAAAAGUAUUACGAUUUGGUAGAAAAGGAAAACUAAGUCCAAGAUUUAUUGGACCAUACGAGAUUAUUGAAAGAGUCAGCCCUGUAGCAUAUCGGUUAGCUUUACCACCAGAGCUUGAAAAGAUUCAUAAUGUGUUCCAUGUGUCUAUGCUGAGACGUUAUAGAUCAGACCCUUCACAUAUGAUUCCGCAUACAGAAAUUCAGCUUUAGUCAGAUAUGACUUAUUCAGAAGAACCAGUAAAGAUUUUAGCUUGAGAAAUUAAAGAACUGCGGAACAAAAAGGUACCAUUAAUUAAAGUGUUGUGGCAUCGACAUGGUGUGGAGGAAGCAACCUGGGAAACAGAGGAAUCAAUGAAAGCACAAUAUCCGAACCUAUUUUCAGAUGAUUAUUGGAUAAGCGAGCUGACAAUUGGACAAUCGGUGAAGGGUAUGAAGCUUUUAAUACUCCAGCUCCUCUUCUUCACCGAGGGACGAUCUUACUCCUCUCGAUGUCGCCGCCCUCUUUUGAUAGUGGGUAAUCUUUCGGCAGAAGUAGGUCGUUUUGGAAGCCGUUCAAAGGAUCGCGAAUGGCAUAGCUUGGAACGUUGUUUUGAAAAAAUCAGCAGAGAACACUGUCCUCAGAAACAAGCAAUUGAUGAUUUCAGUACAAUAUACAACUGUAGCAAAGAGUUGAGCGCAUUGAUAAUUUGCAUGAGAAUUGACAUUACACCAUCGUCGUCAAAACAAGCUCCUUCGUCUUCUUCAAUACCGUCAAGUAGCUCAAACAACAUGAACUUGGCAUCUCUUAUGGAAGCAAUGCAAAAUUUGAGAACAAGAAUUGAGAUAUCUGAUGCGCACUACAUUGCGAAUGAGAAGAUACUCCAUGAUUUCUGGUCAAAAAUUCGGGCUACGAUCUUGCAAAUUAUCCAGUUCUCAUACUUUUUCCAUUUGGACCCAACGGAGGAGUUUCCAUCACAUGAUGUAUCUAAGCAUGAGGAGGAUGACAAUGUUGGUUCUAAUCAUACGUGA